AUGUUGCCUUGCAGCAGAAGUUUAUUAACGUGGAUUAUAGGAACGCUCUUUCUGUGUGUGUUUUCGAAAAGACCAGGAAAGGUGUACGGAAAGUAUACGAAAGGUGCCAUAUGCUACAAUUGUCCCCAUAUUCAUGCCCGCACUUCCCGAUGUGAGACCACAAGAGUUUGUCGAGCCGAUGAGGCGUGCAUGAUGACCAUUGGUUUAAUUCGCUGGAGAGAGAACAUUUCAGAAACAGUCCAGCAAUCCUGCAUUAAAACCAAAAAAUGUGAAGUCUGGUCAACCGAGUCUCCUUGUGUCCGUGCUACCAAAGAGACAUCUGGAGAACUAACAUCCGGAAUGUAUUCUUCAUUCUACACGUACUUGGCAAUGGCAAAUCAUUUUGAUCGUCACGAUGUUGCAUUGGGUGGGUUCAACAAGUAUAUGCUGACGUCAGCGUUCCUUGGCAAGAUGCGGACAAUGACUGGUAUUAAUAGAAAAAUGAACAGUUUAGGAUUACCAUUGAACUUCGAUACCGUACCAGCACCUGUUGAGACUCACUGGGCGACACCAAAACGCGCUCUGGAAGCAGCUCUUGCAACGGAACUUAGAGAAGGUGACAAGAUAAGAAGAACCAUAACUGCCAGUAAAGGAUGUGGAGAGAUUACCACAUUUGCCGAUUUCCUUGAGACGAAAGUACUUGGGGAUAAUUACAAAGUAAUCAAAGAGCUAGCUGAACUUAUCGUAUCAAUAUCAACAAUGCAGUGCAGGACAACACCGGGGAUUGUUGAUUAUUUGGUCGACAAGCAGAUUGAAUACGGCCAAUAUUUCUUCCCAGUGUACGCAUUGGGGGUUAUCUCAAGAUAUGGCAACGAAUCAACUGAACUGAAUACAGAUGAUUUAACAAUUUGGGAUAGAAUAGUGCCUAAUUUGUUCACACCGCUGGUGUUUGGAUAGCGGCUCGGAAAGUUAAUUUUGUUUUUGGGCACCAGCACUGGUACUCACCUACAAUACGUCAGCGUAACAAGAUGGAAGAACUUCCGGGCUUCG